UUAUGGGACAUCAUUCAAGAGAUCGUUCUUCUUCAUCCGAUUCUUCUAGAAAUGAAAGUGUUGAAAGAAAAAGUAGAGGAGCUGAAAAAGAUUCGAGAAUUUCACGUUCUUAUCGUUCUCCUCCUCCAAGAAGUGGACAUAAAAGCCGUGGAUCACCAAAAACAACUUCGAGUAGUUGCCUCUCCGCUUUUUACAAGGAACGUUUUGGAUCUCACUCACCGGAAGAUUAUUUAAAUUUGCGAAUUUCUCAAUUUGACCCAAAACACGAUAAAGAUGAUAUUCGCUAUUUACUUGAAAAGGAAUUUCGACACUUGGCACCUUUUGAGAUAAAAAUAGUUCGAAACCCGGAAGAUGAUGAACGUAUGGCUUAUGUUAAUUUUGAACGUCCUGAUUGUGCAAAAAGUGUUCGGCGUUCUUUAUUGCCUCGUUUAAAUAAAGUUCUUGGUCGAAAUAUUGCAAUUGACCCUGCUGGAGUUAUUCGGGACCAAGAAGGCAAAUUUGUUCCUGAUCGUUAUAAUCGUGCUGUGUUGGCCUCUGAUUCGUCUGCACCAAUUCAACGUCCAAUACGUCGUCUAUCGCCUCCAACUCACCACCAUCAUUACACAAAUAAUCUUCAACAGCGUCGGACAAUACCAAAACGUACUGAGAUGCCGGUGUUUCAUUUAAAUCAAGACGAUUCCCAAGCUAGCCGUACACUUUUUGUUGGUAAUUUGCCUGGAAAUAUACGAGAUUCUGAAUUGCGCCGUAUAUUUGAUUGUUAUGGAACUAUUGACGAUGUUGAUAUUAAAACUUUGGCAGAUUCUAAUGCUGCUUAUGCUUUUUUACAAUUUGAGACAGUAGAAGGCUCUAUAGCUGCUCGACAAGGACAACAUGGAAAACCUAUUCGUCCUGGGGGUAAUCGAUGUCAAGUUGGUUAUGGAAAAUCAGUACCAAAUCUUAGCUUGAUUGUUGGUGGUUUAGGCAGUUGGGCAAAUUCUGAUUUACUUGAUAAAGAAUUUGGAAAGUUUGGGGAUAUUGAAGAAAUUGAGUAUGAUGAUGGGGCGUCACAUGCUAUUAUACGUUUUGCUGAAUCAAGUGCUGCAAAUGAGGCUUGGACAUCAAUGAAAAAUCAAGAAUUAGUUGAAGAUUGUGGUACAAUAACUGUUGAUUAUGCUAGAGAAGACAAAAAAGAUUCUCGUUCAAGAAAACGUUUAUGUGAUAUAAAUAAUGGAAGCAAUAAUGAUUUGGAUUCAAUAAAUAAACGUGCGCGUGUUUCAACUCCAUCACCAAGUUCAAGUCCAACAAGAGCUGGACAUUUUGAAAAUAUUGAGCAAUUAAAAGAAGCUGUAGCUUGUACUUGGAAGGGUGUAAUACAAUUGAAAAAGCUUGUAUAUCCAUUGAGCUUAUAUCGAGUUUUUGGACGUGAACAUUUAAUUCAAGACAUUUUGCGUGACUCAUCGGGUGUAGCUCUUCGUUUAACAAUAAAUCAACGUUUACCAGUUAUUUUGGAUUUGUAUCAAAAAUUAGUAGAAUAUACACGUACACAAAUUGCAAUUUCUAUAGCUGUUGAAAGAGAACAAACUUGUGAACCGUUAAUUAAAUAUUUACAGGAGAAAAAUGCAGCAGGAGUAGUUACAUUAGAAGGAGCUAUACUUUAUAUUUUUACAAAUUCACCAGUUGCUGAACGUUUAUUAAAAUUUUUUGCUCCAAGAGCUUUACCAUUACUUUUACAAGAAGGGUCUCCACAUCGUUUACUUUUAGUCUUAAAAAUAAAUCAAACAAGUGGGGGAGGGGGAGGACAAUUUUUGACAACAACAACUCAGCAAGCUUCUUCUUUAGUUUCUGCACCACCACCUUUUCCAGUAAUUAAAACAGAACCGAGAAAAGAAAUUGGAGAAUAAAGAAGAGGAGGGGGAAAUGAGGAGGAAAUAUGGGGAAGAAAAAUGAAAAAAAAAUUGAAAAUAAAAAUUAAAAAAAGGGAAAAAAUGUUUUUUUGUUAGGGAACAGAGGUCGAUCGGAAAUGACGAAGGUGCCGGAAAUUGGAACUGUCGGAAAUUGGAACUAUCGGAAAUUUGAAAUGACUCAAAAGUAGGAACUCAAAAAUCGGAAGGAAAAAACGUCGCAAAUCAGAAUUCCGAUCAACCUCUUGUAAGGUUAGGAGAAAACGGAACGGGGACAUAGGUGUAUAUCGGG